GUGGUCUAACAACAAUGGACGGCGAAGCAAAUAGUGACUGUCCGCUUUCUGCGAUCAUUGAUGGAUCAGUCGAUAAGCAGAGUGUGGCCGAUUUUCUAGUGACAUCGACUAUUGAAACCGUCCUGGGGUUCGAAUCAGUUCAAGGGCAAUCACCACUAGUUAGUUGCGUGGAAAAGGGUGUGAGUCAUCUUGAAACGGUGCGAUGUAUGCUGAAUAGUGGGUUGUACUAUUGCGAAACAAUUGAUAGCAGCGGACGAGCAGCGCUAGCUAAUUUGGCAUUUGAAUGUGGCGAUAAUAAACAGCACAUUAAAAGCAUCAUAGAUGUGGUGGUGAAUGGUGAAGAUCAAGACGAAGAAGAACUGUUCCAAAGCAUAGCGACCGCUAUAAUACAUUUGAAUGCUAGGCGUUUUCCUCUACUAGAGCUACGAUUGUAUGCACAGUGGAAACUAGCGGACUAUGGGUACCGGAAGCUGACGGGCGAUUGGACGGAUGGUAAAACAUUAGACUAUAAGAAUUGCAUUCAAGUGAUAAGCGAUUGCUGGAGCGAUAUAAUCCAGCAUAAUUACGCUAGUAACGAUAUCGUGGACGAUCGGUUUAUGCAUCGUUUGCGCAUGAUUCACAACCAUCUGUAUUUCCUACAGUUCAUAAAAUUCCUCAAUCACCUGCUGAUAUGGGAGACAGUAUUUUGCGUGGCAAUUUUUAUAAAUAUCUAUGAUGAACCCAACAAUCAUCGCUUCUAUCGCCUCAUGAUUAGCAAAGGGACUGUGAUCGAAUGUUUGGGGGCGAUGGUUCCCGCGCUGGAACGCGUGAAAGCUGAACUGGCGAAGAUCGAACCGGAGAUAGGCAACAUCGUGUCAGACAUGAUGCAUAACGAUAGCAAAUAUGAUGCAUUGAUCGAUGAGAUGGUGUUAGCACUGGAAGCGUCGAAUAUCAAGAAUAAAAAGUUUAUGGUGAGUAACUUUCGCAAAAAGCAAGACAGCGGACUGGGGGCCAAACACGAGCUGGCCAAAGAGGUGGCGAAGGUGUUUAAACGUGCGGAAAAAAGUUAUUGCGACACGAAGAUGGUUGAAAUUAAAGCGUUGGAGAGUAGGGGCGCGCUGAUUAGCAAGAUACGAACCCGGCUCGGUCGCGUUGUUCAUCCGGAGAAUGUGUGCAACCGAUUGAUGGCGGAAAUGCGAAAGAAUGUCCCCCCCGAUACGAUCGUGGCCACCAUCAUUGCGGACGAGGCGUUCAAUUUUACGGAUCUGUCACUAGCUCCCGACGUAAUAGAAACGAUCGGGCAGUGCUACUGCCAAAUGAAACCGUUCUAUUCGCUGGCAAAGAUACACAAGUGUGUAUCGAUUUUCGCAGCAGCGGACCCAUCAAAUAUGAGUCGUUUUACAGCCUGCGCCAAGCGAUUGCUAACCGUUAUCGGAGAGGCAAUCAACAAUACUAAAAACACUCCAAAUAUGCCCGACACGCGGGUUGAGGUAGCAGUACAACGUAUGCUCAUGUAUCAGUUUAAGACCAUCAACAACUGGCACCGGAACACGUUCACGCACGAUUUAUCAAGGGCCAGGCUGGAGGUGAAGGAGGGUAUGGAGUGGCAGCUGUUAAAGCAAAUGCCCCAGCAUGUAUGCGUUAUCGGCUUGAUGCUUGAGCUAUUGCUUAUUGCUAUAGCUGCCGAUAUUCGUCACACCUUCUACGAAAUGCUGCAUCAAUGCGAGACACUAGAGUCGCUGCGCGCACUGCUUAUCUACGUCGGUGAUAACGAUAUUUUGCGUGAGGUCGAAGACGACUGGUGGGAAGACGUGCUGAAGUAUUAUGAACAGGCCAGUGCACUAUUGCAGCACGUACGCCAGCAACCCGUUGGGCAGACGGCGCAAUUUGCACAGGUAGAGCGAUCGUUUAACAUGCAAUUGUCCAUCGUUGAGGAGCUCAAAGGGAUGGGCGCGAUUGAGGCAGAGUUUAGCUACGAGAGUGUAAGAAAAACUUGCACCAGUUGUAACGAUCUGGCCACUGUUAAACGCCUCCUAUCCUGGAAGCUUGAUUCGUACAACCCUGUCGACACGCUCGAAAGAAUGUGCAAUUCGUGGGAUGCCGAUAUUUCGAAUCUGUCGCACAUCGCAUGGGACAAUCCACAGCUGCUGCAGCUGAAUCCGCUAGCCGCAUUGACAACGCUCACGAGACUGCAAAAAGCAUUGCUAUCCGUUGGUCAGUACGACUAUGCGCACCAUACGCGCCGGCUGGUCGAAGCCCUCGGUUGCGUAGAGCUGCACACGGUGGACGAAAAGGGGUGGCAAGAGUUGAGCGGGAAGCUAGUUCCCUACUAUCAGAACGUGUUUCAGCUGGACGUCAAGUGGAAUGUGCUGAAGGAGUUUUGUGUGGCGCGUAAAACACCGUGGAACGGUGCACGCGAGCAUGAACUGCGGCAGCAGGAUCAGCAGGAGCUGCAGCAAAUGUUUGACGAUCGGCGUGCAACGUUGCGCCUGUUCUUCGUGCAGUGCGGAAUACGCACGGUGGAUGAUCUGAUCGCAAAGUUUCUAACCAUACCAGGCGACGCGUUAGCGGCGAUGGAGUACGUUCAGGUGGAGCUGUGCCAAAUGCUGCUGGCCGUGAAGUACUUCGGCGAUAACUUCGAAGCGCUCAAACACUCCAUACCGAUGCUGCAGGGUAAAAGCUACCGCAACUAUCUCGCACACGACGCCCUGUCGUACGACAUACUGACGCGCAGUGGCGAUGAAAAGUGUGUGAUAAAUGCAUUUGUAUUCGCACAUACGCCGGUGAGUUUGUUUAGCGUUCGUCCCCCAGUGCCGUCACUGUCCUUCCCGCGCCAGGAUGACACGCGACAGUGGAUUGAUCAACAGCAGGAGCUGCGUGCGGCAUUCGUAUCGGGCGAUGUGACGCGAAUUCAUGCGCUGGUGCGAGCGGGUGCGGAAAUAAAGGGUUUCUAUUACGGCUCGCCGGACAUUCGCCACCAUCCAACAACGCGACGUUUGGUAACAGAUUUGGUAGAAUGGUUAGAUGUAGUCGAUCCAAACGUUGUUGCACUGCUGAAUCGUUACUUUCCAAACUUUGAAGCGAACUACCGCAACCCACAACGGCGACUUAGGAGCGCACUGAUCCGGGGCAACUUUGAAGAAGCAUUUGAACUGAGCAAGCACGGUGCAUUGCCAGAUUCACUCUUGGUUUGGCCCAACCUGCCGCUAGCAGCGUUGCGCCAAAGGUGUGAAGCGAAGGGAUGGCAAACGGUACUGAAAGAAUUGCUCGACCACGGCAACGAACAGUGCGCCGGGCAGGUGAUAAAGGACUCGGAAAAUGUAAUUGCCACCCAGGCUGACGGUAAGGUAAUGAACGAACUUUUGUACCUUGCAAUGUUGCGUGGGAUGUACCAAAGCGCUAGCCAUUUGUUUUCGCAAAUGUCCUGUCGUUUGGUGCCGAAAACUGUAGAGCUCGCGAUCGUCGUGCACUGGAAUGAUUUGUUCCAGCAUGCGGCAGCGAAACCUGUACUGGACGAUGAUAGCAACCUGCAGCGUUUGAUUGCUGCCGCGGUGCAGGUCUCUAACUUUGAGGUGAUGGGUUAUUUUCUUGAUCGCAAAAGCGGCGCUACAAACUUUGCCCUGCAGGCAUGCUAUAUGGCAGCGGCUUGCUGUGGAAAUGAUGCUGUUUUGGAAAAAUUGCUCGAAUACUACCCACCUGACGGGACCGAUGACACGGUGUUAUCCGAGCCACUCUAUCGCGCCACUACCAACAAUCACUGGGACUGUGUGCGUUUGCUAUUGCAGCACGAUGCCGCCGCCGAUGUCAUCAUGCUCGACAGCAAUGGCGACAAAUCGUGCACGUUGCUGAUGCUCAUCCAGCUCGAUCAGGUAGAUCUGAUCCGGUGUAUAAGGCACAUCAACUGCUCAGUGUUUUGCAGCCCUUCCGUGGACCAUCCAUUUUCCGUGGCGUUGGAUUACGACACCUUAUCGGAGGAAAUGAGCGAUGCAAUAAAAUCAUUAGGGUUCAGCUGUCUCAACACCCCAAAGAUUCUCCACGCAACGGUUGAAGACGGGACCGGACAUCCUCUUUGGGGCGAAAUAUGGGAGCAAAUAGAUGGGAUGAUUAUUUCGCAUCCCUGCACGGAGUGUGCUGAUCAGUUGCGGGCCCUGAUGAAUGUACUGUACCGUUGGAGAUGGAUCGCAUUCAUCGAAAUGCCUUAUGAGGGCAAAACUGCAUUAAGCUGUGUAGUGGCAACAGAGGAUGAACUCAAAGUUUUGGGCGAAUUGAUAACGCGUGCUCGCUUGAUGCGUACACUGGAAGGCGAUGCGUUGGUGCUUGGUGAUUUAGCUAUCGGAAAUGGUUCGACGGCUGUGUGGUACGGUGGUCACCACGAACACCACGGGGAACGCUUUGCUCGGGGCUGCAGUGAAAUCAUUUCCCGGGUAGGCACACUUCUUCAACAGCAAACUGGGCUGCAGUGGCAAGAUUGUCCGAUUGACAUCGUGUAUGCGACGGUGUCGAUCAGCACCCGCACUAUACAUUUCUUGCGAGUGGAAGGAUCGUGCUGUGCGUACGAUGUAUUCACGCGGUGUACACUAGACUCUAGUGUGCUAGAUCUCUCCUGCAUGAUUAAUGCACGAUUAGCGAGAGGAAAUACAGUUCUGUUCAAUGCCAUCAUGUGCGAUUGCGAACUCGCAUCCAUAAAGCUGCUAGUCGAAAAUGGUGCGAACCCAUUGCUAGCGGACAAUAAUGGAAAUACAGCCAUCACUGCCGCGAUAGAGCAUAAAAGUGAUCCUGAGUUUGCACGUUACCUGUUGGAAGCUUGUAUUGAGAAAGACUUUCGCGACGCACAUGGAUGUGCUCUGGCGGAAAUGGUAGAUGGGUCCGGCCGACACAGGUUGCUACAUUUGGCCAAUGCAUGUGGUCAUCAAACGGCUGCUCGGUUUCUUCGCUGUCUGGAAAGUCGAAAGAAGUAG